CGAGCUCCCAACCCCAACCAUCCAUCCACACUCACAACAAGGCUCAUUCAUCAGUCCCCGUCCCCCGCAACUCGCAGAACGCACACGCCGAUUCCGCCGGGAACCCACGCCAAAGUCCUGCGCUAAACUACUUGCCGACGAUGCAGACGCUCACCACGCCCAGCUCUGUUUCCAUACAACGGCACAGGCCGCGCCCGACGGGCACCAGAGCCCCCAAUUUGGUCAGGUUCUCCGCCCGCGCCAUCAGCUCCGGCGCUGCUGCCCGCGCGCCGGCGCACCUGUCCCCCUUCGUCGACGCGCCGCAGGCCAAGUCCGCCAUUGCCUUCCCGAAGGCUCCGGCGGCCGGUUCCGCACGGAGGGUCGACGAGAAGAAGAAGCUCAACUUCUUCCAGCGCGCGGCGGCCGUGGCGCUGGACGCGUUCGAGGAGGGCUUCGUCGCCAACGUGCUCGAGAAGCCGCACGGGCUCUCCAGGACGGUCGACCCCGCGGUGCAGAUCGCGGGCAAUUUCGCCCCCGUCGGCGAGACCCCGCCCGUGCAGUCGCUGCCGGUGUCCGGGCGCAUCCCGCCCUUCAUCAACGGCGUGUACGCGCGCAACGGCGCCAACCCGCACUUCGACCCCGUGGCCGGGCACCACCUCUUCGACGGCGACGGCAUGGUGCACGCCCUGCGGAUCCGCAACGGGGUCGCCGAGACGUACGCCUCCAGGUUCACGGACACGGAGCGCCUCCGCCAGGAGCGCGCGCUGGGCCGGCCCAUGUUCCCCAAGGCCAUCGGCGAGCUCCACGGCCACUCCGGGAUCGCGCGCCUCGCCCUCUUCUACGCGCGCUCCGCCUGCGGCCUCGUGGACCCGUCCCGCGGCACGGGCGUCGCCAACGCCGGCCUCGUCUACUUCAACGGCCACCUCCUGGCCAUGUCCGAGGACGACAUCCCGUACCACGUCCGCGUCACCGAGGCCGGAGACCUCCAGACCGUCGGCCGCUACGACUUUGACGGGCAGCUCGAGUGCCCCAUGAUCGCGCACCCGAAGCUCGACCCGGCCACGGGCCAGCUCCACGCGCUCAGCUACGACGUGAUCAAGAAGCCGUACCUCAAGUACUUCUACUUCGCGGCCGACGGGACCAAGUCGGCGGACGUCGAGAUCCCGCUGGACCAGCCCACCAUGAUCCACGACUUCGCCAUCACCGAGAACUUCGUGGUGGUGCCCGACCACCAGGUGGUGUUCAAGCUGCAGGAGAUGCUCCGCGGGGGUUCCCCCGUGGUGCUCGACAAGGAGAAGACGUCCCGCUUCGGGGUUCUCCCCAAGUGCGCGGCGGACGCGUCGGAGAUGGUCUGGGUGGACGUGCCGGACUGCUUCUGCUUCCACCUCUGGAACGCGUGGGAGGAGGAGGACACGGACGAGGUGGUCGUCAUCGGAUCCUGCAUGACGCCCGCGGACUCCAUCUUCAACGAGUCCGACGAGUGCCUUGAGAGCGUGCUCACGGAGAUCCGCCUCAACACGCGCACCGGGGAGUCCACGCGCCGCCCAAUCCUGGCGCCGUCGCAGCAGGUCAACCUCGAGGUCGGGAUGGUCAACUCGACCCUCCUGGGCCGCAAGACCCGGUACGCAUACCUGGCCGUGGCAGAGCCCUGGCCCAAGGUGUCCGGCUUCGCCAAGGUCGACCUCGCCACGGGAGAGCUCACCAAGUUCGACUACGGGGAAGGCCGCUUCGGCGGCGAGCCCUGCUUCGUGCCCAUGGACCCGGCCGCGGCCUCGCCCCGCGGCGAGGACGACGGCUACAUUCUCACCUUCGUGCACGACGAGCGCGCCGGCACGUCCGAGCUGCUGGUCGUCAAUGCCGCCGACAUGCGCCUCGAGGCCACCAUCCAGCUGCCGUCCCGCGUGCCCUACGGCUUCCACGGCACCUUCGUCAAGGCCAGUGAGCUCGAAUCCCAGGCUUGAUUUUGAGGCCUGGCCCGAUCGAGCCGAGCUCCGCCUUGCUUGCCCGUCUCCACGUUUCCCGGAGGACGGCAAGAAACAGAGCACAUGGAAAGAGGAAGUUACCAGAGGGAGCCCGCCUCGAGGUCCCCGGAAUCUUUCCUUCCAUCUACAGUUAGCACUAGUCGGUUCCUGUUCAUAUUUAGCUUCAGUUCACACUAGUGUAAGUAGUAGCAGUACAAUUUAGUUGUCACUCACAGUGGCAGAAGGAUUAGAGAUAGCGAGAGAAGAGAGGGUCCAUCCAGCUCGUAGCUGUUCUGCUGGUGCUUGUGUCCAAGACCAGCAACCGUAGCUCAGCUGGUGCCCGGUACUAGUCUAUACAGUAUUGUUCAUCACUUUUUUUUCUCUCUCCUUUGGAUCACACACGGAUAUGCUCCGGUUGUUGUCACUCGCUAUUCAGCGUUCAGUGCUUGCUUGUCACCGCCCGGUUGCUGUUGGUACCGAGGUGUUGUUGGCUUAUGCUAUGCCUCAUGUGUGUACAUUUGUUCAUAGUAUAAAAAUAAGAGAUUGGCGAUUCUGCUGCCUACAUUUCAUUGUCA